CUUCAUCCCUUCCAAUCCCUCGGCCCUCAUCUGUUCAUCAAAGGCCAGGCGGGGAGAGAGAGAGAGAGAAAGAGAGAGAGACAGAGACGGAGAGAAAGCAAGGGAUUGCACCGGACUCCUGACCGAAGUCCAGCCGCGACAGAGAAGGAGCUCCCAGUUGCAGCAGCAGAACAGGGCAGAACUCAAAAAGCUAGCGCAAGGGAGACUGCGGAGGGGCAGAGAAACCUAAUCAGACAGAGGAGGAGGAGGAGGAGGAGAAGGACAAGAGCAGCACCUUAACCAGAGCAAAGCCCAGUCAAAUCGCCGAGGGUCACAAGAUCGGAGCUGAAAGACAAACAGAGCAGCAGACUGACAGCACAGGACGGCGACGCUGCACAGAGAGAGCUCAGCGAUCAACCGCGUGCCUCCCAGUUUCGCCACCGCCGAAGCUCCUUCUUGCACCCGACCUCACUUCCUGUCCAUUGCCGGUGGUGACAGCGCCUAGCAACCGUUGCCAUGGGAGAAGUGGAGCAGCUUCGGAAAGAGGCAGAGGCCCUGAAACAGCAGAUUGCCGACGCCCGGAAAGCCGUGGCAGACACCACCCUGGCGGAGAUGGUGGCCGGAACGGAGGUGGUCGGCCGCAUCCAGAUGAGAACCAGGAAGACGCUGAGAGGCCAUCUGGCGAAGAUCUACGCCAUGCACUGGGCUACCGACUCCAGGUUGCUGGUCAGUGCAUCCCAGGAUGGAAAACUGAUCGUGUGGGACAGCUACACCACUAACAAGGUCAACGCAAUCCCUCUCAAGUCCUCCUGGGUAAUGACGUGUGCCUACGCCCCCUCAGGGAACUUCGUGGCCUGUGGGGGGCUGGACAACAUGUGCUCCAUCUACAACCUGAAGACCCGAGAGGGCAACGUCAAAGUCAGCCGCGAGCUGGCCGCGCACACGGGAUACCUGUCCUGCUGUCGCUUCCUCAAUGACAACGAGAUCGUCACCAGCUCUGGAGACACCACCUGUGCCCUGUGGGACAUCGAGACGGGGACGCAGAAGACGAUUUUCACGGGACACACGGGGGACUGCAUGAGUCUGGCCGUGUCCCCGGACUUCAACCUCUUCAUCUCGGGGGCCUGCGACUCCUCUGCCAAGCUGUGGGACGUACGCGAGGGCACCUGCCGACAGACCUUCACGGGCCACGAGUCCGACAUCAACGCCAUCUGUUUCUUCCCCAACGGCAACGCCAUCUGCACGGGCUCUGAUGACGCCACCUGCAAGCUCUUCGACCUGCGCGCCGACCAGGAGCUGAUCGGCUUUUCCCACGAGAGCAUCAUCUGCGGGAUCACCUCCAUUGCCAUGUCCCGCAGCGGCCGGCUGAUCCUGGCCGGGUAUGACGACUUCAACUGCAACAUCUGGGACACCCUCAAGGCUGAGAGAGUGGGUGUUCUGUCUGGUCAUGACAACCGUGUGAGCUGUAUCGGAGUGACCUCAGACGGAAUGGCUGCCUGCACAGGAUCAUGGGACAGCUUCCUGAAAAUCUGGAACUAGGAAUGUUGCAGUAUGGAGAGGAGGAAAGGGAGAGAGAGAGAGAUAAAUACCGACAGAGAGAGAAAGAGGGGCAGAAUAGGUAGAAGCUAGUCUGUCGGAAGACAAUAUUUAAGUUUAUGCAAAUGAGUUAUAGGAACAGACAGACAAGAGGACAGAAGCCAUAGUGAGGAAAGAAUUGAGAUAGAGACAGUGGGUCUGAGUUUGCUCACCUGGAGACAGACGGGGGUAGACAAUGUCAGUCUUGAAGCAGUCAGCCUGUCUGUUUUGUCUGUCUCUCUUCCCUCUCACUCUCUGCAAGACCUGUUACCGAGCAAUGAAACAGCCCGAUUCUGCAUCUGUAUUUAUUGUCAUUAAUGGUAGCGUGCGUGCUUUUCAGGGAAAGACUGAUCUCGAAUACGGACCGCAAUACGGAAACAAAGUAUACAUAACAAAUGGCUAAAUAAUGGGAAAACAAUUAGCAAUAUUUUUUAAAAUAAGAAACUCAUAAAUCGUUUCUAUUUUUAGAGUUAUGUAAAUGAUUUUAACACUUGUAACUUGAAGGAUCUUUAGAGAAAUGCUUUUUUUUCAUUAACCUUUGAUUGUACUGUUAGUUUUCUUGUUAUUUAUUGGACUUAUUUAAUUGAUUUUUUUUAGCUUACAGAAACAAAUAUACAACACAAGCUUAUGUAUCUGCAAAUUGGAACCCAUACUGUAAAACUGAUGCACACUGGGACUCAUUCUGGUGUCUGUUAAGGUUUGCAAUACUUUAUGAGACGUCUGUUUUUCUUCAAGAGGAAAAUUAAGAAAAAAACACCCUGUUCAUUGGUAAUUAAGUUAUAAAAUAGAAAGAAGUCAUUGUUUUACUGGUUGUGAACCGAUUUUUCAAAUAUAUUAAGGUUAAGAGUUUUAUUGUCAUUAAGGCUGACAGGCAAUAAGCAAAUGUAAUUAAACAUGCAAUCAUAUGCCAAUGAUUUUACAGCUGAUCAACAAAACACCAUCUGCAGGUGGCUUCCCUUAAAACUUGGAAGUGUGUGUUCGCCGACGAAUUUGAAUUUAGUCUUCAUGUUGUUUUGCAGUUCCUAUUUUAAAUCGUGAUUUUCAGACACGUUUUCUAGACAUGCAAGUUACAACUCCCAGAAGACAGUGGGAAGGAGGGCUACAAUGGAUAAUGGGAAAUGUUCUUCUCAGCCAAACUGGUUUUUUUAAUGUAUACAUUUGUCCAGCCAUAUAUCUUACUAAUAAUAUACGAUUUACCUCUAUCAA